CUGAGGAAGGGCAGACGUCUGCACACGUCGCCCGCGCUCGGUGCCUCUCUCACUCGUUCUCUAUCUUUCCUUGCUCUCGGCCCUCGCAUGGCCACUGCAUGACCCAUGGCGAGGAAGCUGUAGAACAUUCGACAAAGGGCGAAAGACACUGAUAGUUAUUACAGGAACACAACAGUGCUGAAGGGAAGUGAUGGCGCACUUGGAUCGAGUUGAAGGCAGGACAUGAAACAUUUUUGGCGUAGAUGAUAGCGGCGACGAUGGAACCUAGGAAGUGGUGACUAUGAGCAGCGCAACGCCAGCACCCAUCGUCCUCGUCCUGGUCUCCGCUCUGCUGGUCACCUGCAAUGUCUUCUGGCUCUACUCGUCCAGCACUUACAGCCACAGGGUGGGCCUCUGCGGCCACGACUUCGAGGCGUGGGGCUCGGGCAACCUCAGCACUUCCGGCCGGAGGGACUACCAGCAGGUGGUUGGCAGCGGGCUGGUGGACGUGCCCUUCCCCAUCCCCAUCCCCAACGACACCGUCCUCAUAGGCAGCGAUGAGGAGGUGGAGGAGGGGUCGUUGCGAUUCGUGACGAUCGGCAUCUCGUCAGUGUGGCGGAAGGACGACUACCUGACACGGACCAUCGACUCCAUCCUGAAGGAGACGACGGAGGAGGAGCGCGGGGACAUCUUCAUCUUCCUCCUCCUGGCCGACGCCGACCCCGCUCUCAGAACGCAGAGAGCUCUGGAUCUGAGCGUCAGGUACAGCCGGGAGAUCCAGGCGGGCCUCCUCAGAGUGAUCCAGCCUCCCGCCCUUCUUUACCCGAGCAUCGACUUCACGGCAAUAAGGAGAACUUAUAAUGACUCUGUCGCUCGGGUCCAGUGGAGGACCAAGCAGGUCUUGGACUUCGCAUUUCUCUUCUGGUAUGCUUGGACCCGCCAUCCUUCAUCCUAUUACUUGGUGCUUGAAGAUGAUGUUCUCAGCGCAAAGCAUUUUGUCACUGCUAUCAAAGAUUUUGUUUCACUACACAAAAGUCACCAUUGGAUAUCACUGCAGUUGGCAGGGUUCUUGGGUAUUGGGCAGCUGGUGCGAUGCAGCGACCUGGACCGCCUGGUUUCGUUUCUCCUUCUGUUCUACCGCGAGCAUCCUGUCGACGUCCUGAUCAACCACUGGAUCUCUCUGAUGGCGCCGGAGAAGCCCCCCAAAGACCGUCCGACCCGGAGAGUGCCCGGGCUCUUCCAGCACAUCGGAGUCCACUCGACGCUAGCGAACAAGACGCAGUCGCUGAAGGAUAAUACAUUUAGUUUGGUAAAGCGUCGUUUCUCGCACGUCAAUCCAACAGCUGAUGUGGUGACAACUAUCAGGCAGUAUAAGGCCUACCUGGCAGAACAUGCAUAUUCCUCUGCGCCAGGGAUGUUUUGGGGAAUCCCCAAACCUGGCGAUUCUUUUGAUAUACUUUUCCCAGAGCCUCUAAAGUUAUCGAGAGUUGUGGUGCUCACAGGGGCGGCAAUUAACAAAAAGAUUAGAGACAAGCUCUUAUAUGGGAGUCUUGAGGUCUCCCAGAAGUUUCUGAAGAUGGAGAACCCAAAGAAGGCCUCGUGUAAAAGCUUCUCUCCCGUCCAGGAAUUUAAAAACGGAGAGCUCGACAUGAAGCAUCUGAGGCAGCUCUACCCACAAGGGAUCCAAUGUCUGAGAAUAAGCAUCGGAGCCAAGCAGAAGUCGUGGGUGGCCAUCACCGAAGUGGCGGUCUUUACGGACGAGGACUCGGCCGCGGAGCCCACUCCUGCGGCUGCCUCUGCGGGGGGAGGGGAGGCUAGGGGCAAGAGAAAGAGCACCUGAGCGCGGGGUCAGAAGGGAGAUGGCGAGGGCGUGUCUUUGGAAGGUAUACUGAUAAUGAAGUAUAUUUCCAGAAUGUAUGAAUGAUCAUCAGUUUGUAUAUGUAUUCGUAAAAUGGAUAUCAAUAGUAAAGAAUAACAGGUAGACGGGUAAUGUAACAUUGAUUCUGUAAAAUAUGCAAUUUAUAUAUUGUAGUGAUGCAGUAUAUCACAAAACAUCUAUUAUGACUGCAUUAUACUCAUAUUUGCAUCUAAACAGCUUCAUUUCCAUGUUUAUGUAAGUUCUUACUUAACUUUGUCCUUUAUUUGUGUAAUGACACUAGGUCAAUAGAUCACAUCUACAGACUUUAGGAUGCAGUAAAUAUUAGAAAAAGGUGAAAAGACUCAAGUAAACAUAAGAUAAAUUAAGAAUACUUUCAUUAGUUCUCUCACACAGGAAUACAAUUUUGAACAGAAAUUUUGAUUUCUAUUUUCAUAGGAGUUCAGUUAGUUGUACUGAAAGUUUUAUGAGACCUAAAAUAUAUCAAAAGCAAUAUGUGAAAAAAUCAGAUAAUUGUAUUGCACAAAAAUACUAGUCAAUUUUUCAUUGAGGAUCACACAAGUUAGAUUUUAUUCACCAUAAGGGCUCUGACUAGUUAUUCCAUUAAGUUCACUUAAUAUUUCGUGCAGCAUUUUCAGAAGGCGGCAGAUUUUGGAUACUUGUUUUACUACAGGCAUUUUUAUGACUAAUGACUAAGCCCCAUAACAGAGCUAUCCUGAAUAAUGGUAGCAUAAAUGCGCUUCUUUUGACCUCAGAAAUUGAAAUGCUCUCUUUUCACCAAAAUGUGACUUUGAGGAGCUUUGAUAUCUUAGAUACAAUGUUGCUAAUUAAAUGAUCGUGUAUAUUCUGGUGCGUGAAAUGUGAAUUAUGUGACGGUCUACAUUCAAAGUGCGUUUGGUCUGGAAAGGUGCUGCAGCUGGGAACAAAAUUCUAGGUUUAAUUAAUCUAUCUGGAGGGAUGAAUGUGCUCUCUAAGAAAGUAACGCAUAAUACUUCAUAUGAAAAGCGUCCACAAUGAUUGUAAAAUUCCAGAGGGCUGAAUAUCUACUUUCACCUUUCAGUGUCUAAUGAUCUAAGAUGUGUUAUUUAGUGUAGCUAGAUUUCAUAGAUCAUAGAUUUGUAAAGGGUACCUCCUCGAUAAAUCACUGAUUGGCCCCCCAAAAAAUAUAUAGGAUAGUCAUAUUGAUGGAAUUCGAUUUUAAAAUCUCCAGUUUUAUAAAUGUUUUUACCAAGGGACUCGAUCACAUUUGCCAAAAAUGUACAUAAAAAGCAAAGAAUUCUCAUGCAGUAUAAAUAUUUCUUCACAACUAAUCACAUCCCAUUUUCUCGCUUCUCAUCAUUAGAGGCCCAGAUUCCAUGAGAUAUAAGACAGUAGGCAAUUCUAAUAUUUUUAGUAAAAGUAACAGGUUAGAUUCUUUCAUCACACAUGCUCUGAGAUGAAAGCCGACCGCUUUCUAGGAUGGCCAUCUGUGUGAGCAACACUUCAUGUUCUUGAACCUGCCUCGAAACUUCCGAUACACACAUGUCAACAAACAGUACCACAGACAGGCAAACAUACACAUGCAUACAUAGAU